AUGCAGGCUCAACUGGACCAUAUCAAGCAGCUAGCUUUGACUGCCGAGGGUGAUACUCGCCAGCAACUCAUGUUUGCUUUGCAUGAUAUAGCAUACUCCCUGGAGGACUCCAAUGCUACAAUUCACAGGUUGGGAUAUUUGCACCUGCAAACUGCCGCUGUGAAAACAGGCUUUGACUUGGGACUCUUCACGUUCCUGACUGGAGCCGGAGAUAGCGUGACGUUGGAGACUAUUGUGCAGAAAACAGGAGCGGACGUCAAACUUUUGACUCGCUUGCUGAGCUAUUUGAGCUCGGUAGAUAUAAUCAAGCAGGUGUCGUUGACGCAGUAUGCGGCCAAUCAAGUUACCAAGAAUCUUGCCGAAAAAGUCUCAGAAGCAGGGAUAUCGCACUGCUUCGAGACAAUCGGGCCGCAAUACCAGGCACUUCCUGGCUUCUUAGCAAAGGUCGGCUACAAAUACCCCGAAAACGAGUUGCAUACAGUCUUUCAGGAUGCUUGGAAGACAGACAUGCAUGCAUUUGCUUGGUUUGAAAACCACCCAGAGAACCUCAAACAUUUCAACGACUACAUGGCCUUGCGCCGUGGGCCGGAGCUAUCUUGGCUGUCUGUGUACCCAAUCCGCGAAGAGGCAGCAGGAUGGGAGGCAGAAAAGCCGCUGUAUGUAAACAUUGGCGGAGGCAUUGGCCAUCAGUGUGCACAGUUUGUCGAUCGGUAUCCGGACGUUCCCGGCCGGGUUAUUCUGCAGGAUAUGCCACAUUCUAUUGAGAAAGCACUGCCUACCCCUGGAGUUGAAGCAGUUGUGCAUAAUUUCUUUGACCCACAACCAGUGAAGGGUGCCAAAUUCUACUAUACUCGUGGAGUUCUCCAUAACCACCCUGACUACAAAGUGAAGCAGUUGCUGCAAAACACUAAAUCUGCGAUGACUCCUGACUCCGUUAUGUUGCUCGACGAGAUGAUCCUGCCCGAAGAAGGAGUAAACUCGUACGCAGCAUGCAUGGAUUUGUCCAUGAUGGCUGCAUUUGCCGGCAUGGAACGCAGCGAGUCCCAGUGGCGCGAGAUACUCUCCAGCGUCGGACUCAAAUUGGUCAAGACAUACGUGUAUAAUCCUCACAACUAUGAAGGGGUGAUGGAUGUUCGGUUGGCAUGA